CCUCUCUCUGGCUCAGGCUCAGGCUCUCUCUCCGGCACGGCGCUGUCCACGGAUGCGGUGCUGAAAGCUCGUGUCGGUUUCCUCACCCCCCCUUCCCCCCUCCUCCACUCCCACAUCAGCCUCAGUGUCAGCAGCAUCAGUACAGAGACAAGUAGCUGCCGCCCGCACCGAGCAGACCCAGCACAGCGGAGGAACACGUCCAAUACUGUGCCAAGCCAAGGCCAGCGGCCGGGGUCAUUGAGCCCAAGGUGUUGGGCUGCCUAAAAGUUGUCGGGAGGGGGGGACUCGUCCCCCAUGUCCCCUUCCAUUGUUUGCUCCUAUGUCUGUAGCAAGCGAGCACUGCUCCGUUUUGAUGUUGUACUGAGCUAUGCGCAUGCGCGGCACUUCAGAAUUACUGCACUGGUCACAAUAAGUUGGAUGUCUUCUGCUCUUCACUGAAAGCCCCUAAAUCAUAUCCAGAAAAAAAAAGGAAAAAAAAAAAGCCAAAGGGAUGUUGAGAUUCAGGAAAAGAGGUUACGCUGGGAUCUGGUCACUCCAGGUUAUCAUUGCAAUGGUCUGUGCACAGAGUGCCAAUGAUCCCAGCAAUAUGUCACUGGUUAAAGAGACGGUUGAUAGACUCUUGAAAGGCUAUGACAUCCGUUUAAGGCCAGAUUUUGGAGGUCCUCCUGUGGCGGUGGGAAUGAACAUAGAUAUUGCUAGUAUAGACAUGGUAUCAGAAGUCAAUAUGGACUAUACACUGACAAUGUACUUUCAGCAGGCAUGGAGGGAUAAAAGGCUUUCAUAUUCUGUGAUUCCUUUAAAUUUGACCUUGGACAAUAGAGUGGCAGAUCAGCUGUGGGUUCCUGAUACAUACUUUCUAAAUGACAAGAAGUCUUUUGUUCAUGGUGUUACAGUCAAGAACAGAAUGAUUCGCUUGCAUCCUGAUGGCACCGUGCUCUAUGGUCUAAGGAUUACAACAACAGCAGCAUGCAUGAUGGAUCUAAGAAGAUAUCCACUAGAUGAACAGAACUGUACAUUAGAGAUCGAAAGUUAUGGUUAUACAACUGAUGACAUUGAGUUUUAUUGGAGGGGGGGCAACCAUGCUGUCACAGGAGUUGAUAGAAUCGAACUGCCACAAUUUUCCAUUGUAGACUACAAGCUCCUAUCAAAAAAUGUUGUAUUUUCCACUGGUUCCUAUCCAAGAUUAUCUCUUAGCUUUAAGCUGAAAAGGAACAUUGGCUAUUUCAUCUUGCAGACAUACAUGCCCUCUAUUUUGAUCACUAUUCUGUCAUGGGUUUCUUUCUGGAUUAACUAUGAUGCAUCAGCUGCCCGGGUUGCCUUAGGAAUCACAACUGUUCUCACUAUGACAACCAUCAACACUCACCUUCGAGAAACACUACCCAAAAUCCCCUACGUGAAAGCCAUUGAUAUGUAUCUCAUGGGUUGCUUUGUGUUUGUCUUUAUGGCAUUAUUGGAGUAUGCAUUGGUCAACUACAUAUUUUUUGGUAGGGGACCACAGAGGCAAAAGAAGGCAGCAGAAAGGGCUGCUAGUGCCAAUAAUGAGCAAAUGAGAAUGGAAAUUAAUAAGAUGGACCCACAUGAAAAUAUUUUGCUUAGCACACUUGAAAUUAAAAAUGAGAUGGCAGCAUCAGAAGCUGUUAUGGGUCUUGGUGAUCCAAGAAACACCAUGCUAGCUUAUGACACAUCCAGCAUUCAGUACCGAAAAGCCGGAUUACCAAGGCAUAGCUUUGGACGCAAUGCCUUAGAACGACAUGUGGUACAAAAAAAAAGUAGACUACGGAGACGUGCAUCCCAGUUGAAAAUAACCAUACCUGACUUGACUGAUGUAAAUGCUAUUGACAGAUGGUCACGCAUGAUCUUUCCUGUGGUUUUUUCAUUCUUCAACAUUGUCUACUGGCUAUAUUACGUGAACUAAGACUAAAAGCCAUACAGUAGACAAGAACUGGAUGUCUGUUCUGUUUAUGUGUGAAACAAGAAGUGGGGAUUAGGAAAAAAAAAUCAGGACACAAGCUGUUUAAAACACCUUAGUUGCUGGCACGUUUCACCAUUCUUUAUGUAUAAAGUCUUUGAAGACUCAUUAGAAGCAUUAUCACCUCCCAUCUACUUUAGGAUUUCCAAGGUUGCUUUUAUAUACAUGAUAAGGCUUUUCCCUGUGUGCAUAAAGUGUACUGAAGAAUGACUCAUACUUUACAUGUUUGAUAAAUGCAUAUGAUAUUUACUAUUCAUUCUUCUUAAUCCUUUAUUCCAAUAACAAGCUAACAUAUCUAUUGCACCUACAUUUGUUUUCGUAGAUAUUUUACUUGUAUUGUUAAUUUAUUUUUUAUACACAUAAACUUGAAAAAUGUUGUGCCUCUUGUUGAAGUUCUUUACAAUGCUAAUGACCAUUUUUUUUGCAUUUGCCACAUUUUAUAUUUAGUUUCCUAAUACAUUAUUGCUUUUUCAUUCAAAGCUAUAAUGACUUAUAGAUGAAAAUAUCAAUUAUUUAAGGUCAUCACAAUCUUUAUUUGAAUAUCAUUGGCAAUAAAUGCAUCAAUAAAUAAAUGCUCAAAAAAGAUUAGAAUUAUAGCACAUUUUUAAAUAAGACCAUAGCAAUAGUAAAAACUAUGGUCAGCAUUUUAAUUAUAUUAAACUAACAAAAGUUUGUAGAGCAGAGUGUAAUGUGAAAAGAAAAACAAUAUAAUAAUUAUAAUAUAAUCAAUUGAUGUCUUUUCUUCCUUAAAAUAUGUGUCAGGACGAAAAGAAUAUGCAUUAUAUCUAUUCAGCACAUGCACAUUUGCCCAUGCUUUAUCUAUUUAAAUAGUUAUCCCUGUAAGUGCAGAAAAAUACCCGCUGAUCUACCAAAAUUGCACUCGGCUCUUAGGCCGAUCAUAGACAGUUCGUAUUUCGGCCAACUCAGCAGGAACCUGGCUGAGAUUUGAACCAUGUAUGGGCAGGCUAAAUGUACCAAGUUUAUCAAUUGAUCAACUUGCGUACAUUCUGCCUGCCAGAUUCACUUGCAAUUAUCACUAACAUCUGCUAUAGCCGCCAACAAUAAUCACUGUCUUCUUCCGAGGGGAGCGGAGAUUCCCUUUUCAGUACUGUCACUGAUGUUAGGGGAAUCAUGCAAAUUUCAACCCGUGGUUGAUGGAAAGAAAUUCACACCGUCUAUGGCCUGCCUUCUUUUCCAUAGGAUUUUCUUGUCUGUAGUUGAAAUGUCAGCCCUGCCUAGUUGUCUUUAGCUAAAUUAAGGAAUUCUUACUCCACAUCUCCACAGCUUAGAGAAUAGUUGCUCAGUAGGCCAAGACAAGAACAGGGAGAGCUAACUGAACCCUUUGAGGUAACAAAGUGUGCAUAGGACACAGUCCAGCUCGGAAUUUCUGACAAGAUCAUCAGGUAUUUUUUCAAUUAUGAAACCGAUAUAACAAAAUCGCUUUUAAAAGACUAUUUAACAAAGCAAAAGGGUGCUAGUACGAGAAGCUCAUUCCUAAAGAUAUUAGACAUACACUUUAAAAAUAGAAUGUCCAUCAUCAUUAAGGGACUGUAAUUAUGAUCUUUCUUUUAGUCAUUUUUUUUUCAAUGUUCCAUGUCUAUUUUUGGUUAAACAAUGCUACACAGAAAUAUGUAGCAUGCAGCCUAUAUGUGGUAAUUGCUAGUCUUGGUCAUGGUAUUCUAAAGGUGACUUGAAAAUUGUAAAGUUCAUAGUCGACUUCAUUCAGAACCAUGAGAUGCUGAUUUAUAUUUUAAUGUGCUUGUGGAUCAUAUUGUCAUGGAAAGCAUGAAUACACUGUACACUAGAAUGUGGAUUUAGAAUAGCAUAGGAGAAAUACAGAAUGUAAACUCAUGAAUAGAAUGUACAUGUUGUAGCCAAUCUGCUUCCUUAACCAAGUGCCACAUGUAUCAGCUUUGCCUGCUUUUUGAGAUAAGGGACUGUAUCAGCUCCUUACAUAUUGCAUGCUAGCAUUAUUAGAGGGCUCUGUGCAUAGGAUACAAAAAGUUACAACGACAGCAUAGGAAGACAUCCUUCAGCAUGAUUCAGAAUCACCUUAUAUAUGCUUCCUGCUUACAGGCUAACUCCUUUCACCUGAAGCUUAGUUUCACUAAAAGAAACAAAACAUGAAUUAAGGUGUGCUAUUAUUUCUGUUACUAUGCCAUUUAAACAUUUUUUAGCAAGAAUCUAUUGUUAAAUUGCAGCACAGGACAUUUGUAUGUUAAGUGGUAGGGAGCAACAUGACUAACUAGGUCUUUAAUUAUUUUUUUGAAUUGGUUCUAAGCUGUGCCCCUUGAUCUAAAUACACACAAUAAACCAUUAUAGUUAUCUACUA